AUGUCCCAUGCCCUCCUCCUACGACUGUUUUUAUCACCGUCUUUCUUCUCUGUUCAUGUGGCUCUACAAUAUCUGAUGUUGUAUGCCGACAACAUAGGCAUCACAUACUACCUCACCCGAAGGUUGAAAGAGCUCGACACGCAAGAAUUACGCGAAGUAUGGGGUUUCAUAUGUCAUUUGCUCGUCACACGGCCUUCUAAAUCACGGGCACUGGAAUGCUUUGUAGUAGACAUCUUACAACGGUCCACUCAUAUAGCCAUGAUUACCCUCUGGCUUAUGCAAGCUUCUUUGCAAGAUCUCUCCUCAUCACGUAGUUCUCCAUCUUUUCAGGUAUGCCAACGGACGUUGCAAAGAUGUCAUGAAAUCAUCUUCGGUGAUCUUCCAACUCUAGUCUCUAGUCCGUACUCUGGCUUGGACCUGCCGUUCCAGCGCUUCUCACGUCGGAAGGUUAAAACCCAUGUCGAACCAGCACUCAUUGGACUCGGUCUGAUGUUAGCUGGAACUCCUGCCAUGCCUGAGCUUACUGAGAUCAUGGGUGAGGUUGCAUUACAGCAGGGCCGUGCUGACGAGGACGGGUCAGACCUGAAAAGCGUCCAGACCAAUGACAAUGACGUUGCUUCGGGAUCAGGGAAAACCACUCGUAAUGACUCUGGGGAUGAUGACGACAAUGGUUCAGAUGGAAAAAAUGAAGAUGACCGUACGGCUAGUUCUCAUGAACGCUCUUCUAAUGAUAUUUGUGCCCCCCAUGGUCCUGCAGUCUCAAAGAAGCGAACGAUUCUCAAACGUCGUCGGACGAUUAUUGCCGCACAGACAAGUCCCGCUCUGCUUGAUCCCUCACAACAAGCACGCGUUACCAGCCCAUACCAAUCCUCUCCCUCGAUACCAACUACCCAGCAUCCUUUUCGGCAGAGUACACUGAACUUCGGCGAUAACCUCCUUCAACGGUAUGAUUUGGAUUCACAAGCACAUCUCCUUCGAAGUCACUAUUAUCAUUCAGAAGUCCAAUUCCUAAUAACGCUCGAAUAUAUCUCUAAUCGCCUACUUGUCGUGCCAAAACCUGCGCGAGUAAGCGCCCUUAGAGCCGAAUUAACUGCUCUUAACCACAAGCUUCCCGCAGAGGUGUGCAUGCCUAUGUGGUGCUCUUCAUCCGAUAAUCCUGCGUCUCGGAAUGCCUCUCAACCGCACCACAAGAUCGUUCGAAUUCCCCCUGGUGAAAGUGUUGUGCUCAAUUCUGCAGAGCGAGCACCUUAUUUGCUCAUCAUCGAGAUACUGCACGACGACCUCGACUUCGAUCCAACAAAGAGAAGCAAUAAGGAGACGCUGAAGCGUAUAGUAACAAAGGAGAACGAACGCAAAGGUGCUUCGAGAGAACUUAUUGCUUUCACCAGGUCACCUCUUUCCUUCAAACACAAGCCCCUUGGGGAUCCUGUUGUGGGCUCGGAAAAUGCCUUGGGAAAGGAGUCCGCUGAGGAGGCAGGAGCUUCGUUGGUCCCUAUAGCUUCCGCUACCAGCAGUACAAGUUCUCUCAUCGGUGAAGAUGAGGAGAUGGACCUCGUCGAGCAACUGUACGGGAUCGGCGAGUCUCUCCGCGGGCCAAUAGACCUCACCGAGUCCAUUGUGCUUCCACCUGUGCUAAAGAACAAGGAGCUGGAUAUGGCCGCGUGGUCUCGAACUUCCUCAUUGUCUUCACCCAACCCAGAAGGGAUAUUGUCGGUGUCUUCUUCACCCGCCUUUCCAUCCACUGGUGGCCGGUUUUCGACACCAUCUUCAGCUACCCAACUACCCGAUCCACCACCCAAUAGUAAUAGCGAUAGUCGUAUACUCUCGCUCGACGAUUACUCCGAACGCAUGCGUACGGCAGCUGUCAUGCUUUCGCAGCUCAAUGCAAACCUUGUUCGCGAGACAGUAACCACAUUGCCUUCUUCCGAUUCAACUGCGACGCUUGAUAGUUCAGGUUCCCCGUCUGGCCCUCUGAGUUGGCUCCCUGGUUCUGGCUGGUUAGGCGGUCCACAUCACCAGGUAAACAGCGGGCCACUACAUCCCUCGCUCGCUGGAAGGGCUGGCGAUUCACCAGCGACCACCCGGAUGCGUGUGCAGCAUGCAGAGGCAGCCGCCAUCAGGGACCGUAUCAUGAAGGAGAUGAUUGCGCUUGAAGAAGAGCGAAUGGAACGCAUGCGAGAACACAGGGAAGGAGAAGGGAUAAUGCGCAUUGGUGAUGUGGGCGAUAACUUGAAGACUGCUGAAGACGAAACCAUUAUCAAGCGUGAGCUAAACAAGGCCGAUCCUUCCGCCUUAAUAUUCAGCGAAUCUUGGGCGACGAAGAAGAGUCGAAUACAGCACGGAUCACCUUAUGGUCAUCUAGCGAACUGGGAUUGUGUUUCUGUGAUCGUUAAAACUGGCGGCGACCUUCGCCAAGAACAGGUCGCCGUUCAGCUUAUACAGCAGUUUGAGCAAAUUUGGCAAGAAGAGGGCUGUCAAUGCUGGGUCCGCUACUUCCAAAUUUUAAUCACUGGCGCAUCAUCGGGCUUGGUGGAGACCAUAACAGACGCCGUGUCAAUACACUCCAUCAAGAAGUCCGAAUACGCAAGACGGUUGGCGGAGGGCCGUUUUGGAUAUGUCACUCUCCUAGAUCACUUCAAGUCGACUUAUGGUGAUCCAUCUACGGCCAAGUUCGUCCGAGCGCAACGCAACUUUGCGAAGUCACUCGCAGGUUAUUCCAUCGUAACGUACCUGUUGCAAAACUUUGGGUUCAUGUUGUCCAAUUCUCCGGGUAACAUAGGUUUUGAGGCUGCGCCAUUCAAGCUGCCACCGGAAUAUGUCGAAGUGUUGGGGGGUGUGGAUGGGGAGUCUUUUUUGGAAUUUAAGCGUCUGUUUCGUGAGGGGUUCGAGGCAGCGAGAAAGCACUGCGAUCGAAUCAUAACUCUAGUAGAACUGAUGCAAAAAGACUCCAAGCUGCCGUGUUUCGCUGCGUUCGGCGAAUAUACUGCGGCUCAGUUGCGUGAUCGCUUUCAACCCGCCUUGACUCAUUCCCUUGUGGGUGAAUAUAUCGACCGUCUCAUCGAUACCUCCUUGGGCUCCAACUGGACACGUCUUUACGAUUCCUAUCAAUAUUAUUCGCAAUCCAUUCUGUAG